AUGGCCCUACUCUGUACCAAGUUGCUCAAUUUGUCCUUCAUUUCACCAGUUAGUUUCGGCAAACCUCAAAAAGAAGGAGGGCCUUAUCUUCUCGGGCAUAGAAAUGGUUCUCCCCUCCGAUGCUUGGCAAGCAAAAACGUUUGUGAAAGAAAAUCAGCGAAUUACCAGCCUAACCUCUGGAAUUACGAUUUUUUGCAGUCCUUGAAACAUGAUUAUGCGGAUGUAAUACAUGAAGACAGGGUCAGGAAACUACUGGAGGAAGUGCGAAGAAUGAUAAAGGAUGAAAAUGCAGAUAUAUGGGCCACACUGGAGCUCAUUGAUGAUGUGAAACGCUUGGGCCUCGGGUACCACUUUGACAAGGAGAUAGGAGAAGCCCUUGAUAGAUUUCUCUCUUUAGAAAGAUGUAAUGGCACAAUCAUUCACACAAGCCUGCACGAAACUGCUUUAAGCUUUAGGCUCCUCAGAGAAUAUGGCUAUGAUGUCUCAGCAGAUAUAUUUGAGAGCUUCAAGGACCACAAUGGUAAUUUCAAGGCAAGUCUUGAUAGAGAUGUAAAAGGAAUGUUGAGUCUGUACGAGGCAUCGUUUUUAUGUUAUGAAGGAGAACAGAUUCUGGAUGAUGCCAAGGAAUUCACUAGCUUCCAUCUCAGGGGACUCGAUGAAGAUAGAAACACUCCUAUCCUAUUAGAACAAGUGAAUCACGCAUUGGAGCUUCCACUGCAUCGUAGAAUCCAAAGGCUUGAAGCACGAUGGUAUAUUGACUCAUAUGGUAAAAGAAUGGAUUCAAAUCGGGUACUACUUGAUGCGGCCAAACUGGAUUUCAACGUUGUGCAGUCAACACUGCAAGAGGAUCUCCAAGAAAUGUCAAGGUGGUGGAAGGAGAUGGGAUUAGCCUCAAAAUUAAGCUUCAGCCGGGAUAGGCUAAUGGAGUGCUUCUUUUGGACGGUUGGGAUGUCUUUCGAGCCUCAGUUCAUUAAUCUCCGCAAAGGUUUAACCAAAGUGACUUCCCUAAUAACUGUAAUCGAUGACGUCUAUGAUGUGUAUGGCACCAUGGAUGAAUUAGAGCUUUUCACGGUAGCUGUAGAAAGUUGGGAUGUUAAAGCAGUUCAAGGUAUGCCGGAGUACAUGAAGAUAUGUUUCCUAGCGCUCUACAACAAUGUCAACGAAUUCGCUUAUGACGCACUCAAAAAGCAAGGACAAGAUAUCCUUCCCUACCUCACCAAAGCAUGGUCUGAUAUGCUGAAAGCAUUCCUACAAGAAGCUAAGUGGUCCCGGGACAAGCACUUGCCAAAAUUUGAUAACUACCUCAACAAUGCGUGGAUGUCAGUGUCCGGUGUAGUAAUACUGAUGCAUACCUAUUUCUUAAUGAAUCACAGCAUAACAAAGGAAGCACUUGAGUCACUGAACAAUUACCAUGCGCUAUUGCGCAGACCGUCCAUUAUUUUUCGACUUUGGAAUGAUUUGGGUACUUCAAUGGCAGAGAUACAGAGAGGUGAAGUAGCAAGCUCGAUUCUGUGCUACAUGCGUGAAGCUGGUGUUACUGAGGAGGGUGCUUAUAAACACAUGCACAUUUUGCUUGAUGAAACUUGGAAAAAGAUGAACAAAGAUAGAGUCACCCAUUCUCCUUUCCCGAAACCUUUCGUGGAAAUAGCAAUCAACCUUGCUAGAAUUUCUCAGUGCACGUACCAGAAUGGAGAUGGGCAUGGAGCCCCGGAUAGCACGGCAAAUAAUCGAAUACGGUCCUUGAUAAUUGAACCCAUUGCCCUAUAG